AUGGGCGCGCAGUCAACAGCGUGGAUUGAUCUGUAUAUCCAUCUACACGCACAAGCUACUCCGGCCCACGACCUACCCGCGCGCCAGAUCAACAUCAAUGAAUACGCCAACCCCGAGGAGCAAAUCCCGUCUGGGGCAGCCUGGUGGAUUUCACGUCUCGAACGCUAUGAUGCGCUUUGGCUGCGCGGGAACCGGCUCCGUGGAUGGUCACUGCAUGACCUUCUGGCCAACCUGCUGACCAAGAAAGCGAAUCCUCACAACUACAAUGCGACCGACUAUGUCUCGGCGCCGGAGUUUCAGGUGUACAAUUACUACAACCUCAACAUGACCGGCAGUCGCGUCGAAACCUCUGGUGCUGGUGAUCGCCUGUUUGAUAUCUAUGCCACAGUUGACUCCAACAAGGUCCGCAUGCUUGCAGGAGCUCACCUCUGUACGGGGCACUGGACGAUCAGGGUGAACCAUAUGAAUGCGCUCGGGUUCCCAUCCGAAGGCUCAGUGAGCAUCUAA